GCCAAUCAGCGAGCGUCAGGAAUGAGAACCUUAACCAAUCAGGUGACGAGUAGCGUGAGGCCUGUAACCAAUCAGCGGUCAGGACGCAGAGAGCACGCCGUUUAAACGGUGUGUUGUGGUGAGAGAGGUUCCGCGGUGGUGGAAGGAUUACCGACGGGGCUGUAUAGAACCGGGGGGAAGCAGAGGCCGGCUGUGUGAAAAGUAACGCGGCGGCUGGAAAGAUGCCGUCUCGGGUGGAGGACUAUGACAUGCUGUACACCAUAGGCUCCGGGUCGUAUGGAAAGUGCCAGAAAAUCCGCAGGAAAGCGGACGGAAAGGUAUUGGUAUGGAAGGAGCUUGACUAUGGCACCAUGAGCGAGACUGAGAAGCAGAUGCUGGUCUCAGAAGUCAACUUGUUACGAGAAUUAAAACAUCCAAAUAUUGUUCGUUACUAUGACCGUAUAAUUGAUCGGACUAAUACAACUCUUUACAUUGUGAUGGAGUAUUGUGAAGGAGGGGACCUAGCCAGCCUUAUUGCCAAAUGCACAAAGGAGAGGCAGUACUUGGAAGAAGACUUUAUAUUAUCUGUUUUUGUUCAGCUUGCCUUGGCCCUAAAAGACUGUCACAAAAGGGGUGAUGGGGGUCACACUGUUCUCCAUAGAGACCUGAAACCAGCCAACAUAUUUCUAGAUGCCAAGAGGAAUGUCAAACUUGGAGACUUUGGGUUAGCUCGAAUAUUGCACCAUGAUACCAGUUUUGCUAAAACAUUUGUUGGCACUCCUUAUUACAUGUCGCCUGAGCAGAUGAAUAGAAUGUCUUACAAUGAGAAGUCUGAUAUAUGGUCAUUGGGCUGUCUUCUCUAUGAACUGUGUGCUCUUUCGCCACCGUUUACAGCUUAUAAUCAGAAAGAGUUGGCAGAAAAGAUCAAAAUAGGGAAGUUUCGAAGAAUUCCUUACCGCUAUUCAGAAGAAUUGAACCAAAUUAUUACACAGAUGUUAAACCUGAAGGACUACUUAAGACCUUCCAUUGAAGAGGUUCUGCAGACACCUCUGGUAUCGCCUAUUGUGGCAGAAGAACAAAACAGAAUAUCGGAAAGAAGAAUCAAGAAAUCUGCAGAACAGGAGCAGGCGCACCAUCCAGACCCCACGUUGUCUGAGCUCCGACUAAAGGAACAGCAAUUGCUGGCACGAGAAAAGGCUUUGAAGGAGAGAGAGGAUCGGCUUGAGCAACGUGAAAGAGAGUUGUGUGUACGGGAGAGGCUAUCAGAAGAUAAACUUUCAAGGGCUGAAAACUUGAUGAAGAACUUUAACAUGCUGAAAGAGCAGCGUAUCUACGGAGCAGCUAUCGAAAAUGGGAUAGAUCUUGUAUCUUCCAUAAGAAGUAAGAAAAAUGCCCACUUUGGCACUGAAAGUAAAGAGAACCGCAGUGGAGGCAAACCUCCCAACACACAGGCCAAGUGUACAGAGUUAAAGCAGCGGCUGCAAGCUGCCAAUGUGCGUGCCCAGGCCCUGUGUGAGCUGGAGAAGAACUAUCAGCUAAAAAGCCGGCAAAUUCUUGGAAUGAGAUGAGAGAUGCUGUAUAUUUGAGAAAAUUGGAAACUAUUUUUAUAGCAGGGUCGUCCUUAAAAGUUAUUUUUCAAAUUAAUUUAUACAUGUUUGAAUGGUUAUCAGUUGGACAUACUAAUUGGUUAGUUUGAAAAGUGUGUCCUGAAUGUGAGAAUUCUGUAGUGAAUACAGAAAGUGAUGUGGGUUUUUUUCUUUAUUUCUUCAGGACUGAACUAAAAACAUUUUAGAAUUUUAAGUGGUUGUUUUUACAUAAUGUUCCUAAACAUAAAUUCACACAAGUGCUUCCCC